AUGUCAAAUUUUUAUUUUAAAACAAUAUUACUUUGGAAUUUUUUGAAUGCUGAUUUACAAAAUGAUAAUAAGAAAAACAAAGAUGAUAAGAAAGACAAAAAUGAUAAGAAAGACAAGGACGAUAAGAAAGACAAGGAUGAUAAGAAAGACAAGAAUAAUAAGAAAGACAAAGAUGAUAAGAAAGACAAGAAUAAUAAGAAAGACAAGAAUGAUAAGAAAGAUACAAUAGCUUGCAACACUACUUCAGAUGCAGAUGAUAAUGAGAAAUUUGAUUAUAACUUAAAAAACUUUAGAAGAGUUUCUUUGAGUAUUUUAAGAUUAGUAUUCGAUUUUUCAGUUGAAAAGUUCUAUUCUUCAUGA